AUGGAGAAGGAGAGGUCCAAAGGUCUCUCGCUCCGCAAGCGUCGCGGCAAAGGCGACAAGAAACCAAAGCCGGUGAUCGGCGCCCCACGACAGAUCCCAAUGCCUGCCAUGCCCGGUGCACGAGUCGGGCAGGUCACCACGUCUGUGCCGGCGCCGCAAGUUCGCAGUCGCGACAAGGAGAAGGUGGCGGAUCUGGUGAAGCGACGGAUGUCGACGCGGUUUCCGGUGCCGGGGGAACAGGGCGACGUGCCACCCAUGCCAUCGAUUCCUAGUAUGCCAUCGAUUCCAGCGGGGAUCGGAGCGAAGAUGCCAGUUCAGCCGAGGAAGGGGGAGAGUAAGGGACCGGAUAUCGACCUGAGUCAGUUCAGGGAGCCGGCUUUCGAUCCGGAGAAGUUCGUGGCGACGGUGUUGGCAAACUCGACCGACGAAGAGAUCAAAGAGUUUCAGUGGAGGCUGAAGGAGAUUCGGAACCGCACGUCGUCAGACCUGCAGAAGAACGUGUUUGUCAACCGGACGCAAUUCAUCGUUAUCUCAAAGGAGAUUGAUAAGCUCAAAAGCGAGAUGCGAGUGUUGCGCGGUCUGUUGGGGGAACUGCACACUACCACCGACUCACUGAAAAUCGAAGGCUCAUUCGGAAGCACUACCAACGAUGUACAGGCACGAAAGCAUGCGAAUCGUAGCAGUGUUGCCGACUUGACGGCGCUGCAUAUGAGCCAUCUUCAGGCGCUGUGGAAGGCCGUAGAAGGCGCGCAGAAGUUCCUGCCGUCGGUUCCUGGGCGUCAUAUCGUUCUCGAAUCAAAACACUGGGUCGAGUUGAAUGCUGCGACUUGGAAACCUAGGAGAAUCGUACACAUGGUUCUGCUCAACGACCACCUUCUUAUCGCAACCGUUAAGAAGAAGCGAGUAGACGCCAGCUCCGCCCCCGCCUCAUCUCGGACUCCGAACACCAAGAAUGUAGCCGACAAGUGCUGGGGACUGUCAGAAAUUGACAUGGUGGACCUUUCGUCCGAUGCCACACAGUCAUCGAGGAAAAGUGUUUCGAACGCAAUCAGCCUCCGAGUUGGCAAGGAAGCAUUCGUUUACCAAAACGAAAGCUCGGUUAAGAAAGCUGAACUUCUCCGACAAUUUAAGAAAUCCCGCGACGAACUCAGAAAAGCGCUACGUGCUGAAACAGAAGACAACCUUCGCCGCCGCGACAGCGUCUCGUUCUUUGCCGGCCGCGAUCCGAAACUACUCGAGCACGGCGACCUCCUCAACAGUCUCAGCGCACACGGAUCGGGCCACUCAAUGUUUACGGUCGAGGGUCAGUCGCGCAACCUGCGCUGGGUCGAAACGCAAAUGGACGAGCUGGACGAAAACAUUGCGCACCGCAAGUUCGAGGAUGCUGUGUCGAGCGUGGGCAAGCUGCGUGCCCUGGCGGAAUCCCUCGCCAAGAACAACUCUCUCAUCUCGGAGCUCAUUCAUCUCAAGCUUGACGAGCGCGCUUCGAAGCUGGCGAAUAUCAUCACGGCCAACCUCGUCGAGAAUCCCGCGCAGAAGACUUCCGUCAAGUCCAGCAUCCAGUGGCUGGUCAAACUAGACUACGAGGACCGCGCGAGGGAGGCCUUCCUGGAGGCACGCUCGGCGACCAUCAAGCGGCGGACCAGACAGGUCCGCUUCGAAGGCGAUGUAGCCCUCUACAUCUCGCAAGUAGCUCUGGUUCAGUUCACCCUGAUUAAGAACACCGUCGAGAUCUACAACAGCUGUUUCGAAUACCGCCUCGCCAGCGCGCUGGUACGCUGGACCAAGGAACACAUCACCACCUACAUCGGGCUUUUGGACCGACAGCUCGCCACUGUCGAGCCCAAUUCGAAGGUUUACGACGAUUGCAUGGAGAUCACGAGGAUUCACUCGACGAUGUUGGUGGAGUGUGGACUCGACUUUCAGGAGCUGAGGAAUCCGAACGCGAGGAAGUAG